AUUUUGUGAGUUUUAAAGUAUUUGCAGAAAUGUCGACUGAAGAGAAAGAUAAGUCAAUUGAAUCACAAACAGAGGAAUCUUUAAAUCCUUUUAAGGGUAUUUUCAAUAAUAACAGGCCUUCAGGAACACCUCCUGAGAUUGAGGAGAAGGUUCUUUCAGGACUCCACAAUAAUAAAAGCAUCAAAGUAAACAUCAGGAAGGAAGAGGACUUCCCUGGCUUUAAGUCACACGAAAUCAAAAUUGAUGACCAGGAAUUUUCUAAGGAGCCUCAAGAGGAAUAUCAGGAAGAAAUCGGACAAGAAAGCAAGGAAGAAGAAAAGGAGGUAAUUCAAGAAGAGACUCAAGAAGAAUUUUGAGAUGAAAUUCAGAGAGAAAUACAAAGGGGAAUACAAAGAGAAAUUCAGAAAGAAAUCCAGAGAGAAACUAAAGUAGAACUUUUCUCUAGAAUGCUGAAACAACUUCAGAAAAAGUCAAGAAAAGAUCAAGAAGAAGUAAGAUCAGAAGAGUAUGAACGAAUCUGAGAAGAAGAUCUGAUGGGACCUCUAGAAGGAAAUUUAGAACCAAUCUUAGAGGAGGGAACUCUUGAAGAAGGAACUUUGAAGGAUUGAACUCUUGAUGAUUGGGGUCUUGAAGAAGGAGCCCUAGAGGAGGGAACCCUAGAAAGAAGUGCUUUAGAAGAAGGAACUAUAGGAAAAGGUGUUUUGGGAGAAGAAACCCAAGAAGAAGGAACUCUAGAAGAAGGAAUUUUAGAAGAAGGUAAUUUAGAAGAAGGUACUUUAGAAGAAGGAGUUCUAGAAGAAGGAACUCUAGAAACAGGAAAUCUAGAGGAAGGAACAUCAGGAGAUUGGACAAUAAAAGAAGUAGCCAUAGAGGAAACCUUGGAAGAAGGGAGCUUAAUAGCAGAAGCCUCAGAAGAAGGAACUAUGGAUCAAGAUUUUGGAAAAAUUAAGGAUAAUUAUUUUGAAGGAAUGCUAGAAGCAGAUUUAGGAGAAGUCAUUUGAGAAGAUCAAGAAGGAACUCAGGGGAAUACUUCUGAAAGAACUUUUGAAGAUUAUAGAGAUAAAGUGAUGAAAGAAUUUCAGACGCAAGAUGAAGAAAUGACUCAAAAUUUGAGUGAAGAGAUUAAGGAAUUAGAAGAUAAGAAGAUUAGCAAAGCCGACCAUAACAUGAUAGGCGACACUGACACGAACAUUGGUGAUCUCGAUUCCGAAACCGACCAAUUAAAGGACCAGUCACACCUCUUGCUCGAAUCCAGUGCUGAAAUCCCUUCCUCCUCUACUCCAAUCUAUGAAGACACUUUCCAGUCCAAGCCAUCCGAAUCUUCCCACUCUGAGUAAAAUCUACCUAAAUCCUAACUAAAAUCUGGACAUUUUCA